CACGUGACAGUGUUUAGCAGACAGCCCUUUUAAGCAGCCUGCAGACUGAAGCUGUAACUAAGCACGGGAACACGUCCUUGUAUUUGCAAUUCUACUCGCUGCCUAUUCAAGCUGUUCAGUAUGUCACUGCUCGUUCCAGUUGCUUUUCUUUUGUUUUUCUCCAGCUCUACCAUUUUUGGAAUGAGCUCAGCCGAAGUCGAAAGAAGUGAAUUAUGUUCGAAGGAAGUGCCGCCCGAUCCUUGCACACUCCCAGAACUCAAGCUUGAUGAAAGGUUUGGAUCAUGCGGUGAAAAAAUAGAACUUAGUGUUACUAAAGACAAACCUGAGACCGUCAAAUUUCCAGAUGUUGGUGAGGAUGAGAGGUAUGUGCUUGUUAUGGUGGAUCCUGAUGUUCCUUUCUACAACGAUCCAGUAACUCAGCUGUGGAGACACUGGGUGGUUGCUGGAAUUUCGGGUGAGGCUCUCUCAGCAGGAACUUUAGAUGGUUUCCCCUUAACAUCUUAUAUGGGCCCAACUCCACCUCCUGGAAAGGUACAUCGUUACAACUUUUAUCUUUUCAAACAGACAACAGAAAAAAUAAUUGGAGGGGAUGGAAGUAGCAGAGCCUACUUUAAUCUGGCAGAUUUCAUGGAAAAAAAUAAUUUGUGUACACCAGAGGCUGGAUUUCAGUUUAAAACUGAAACAUUGAAUAAGUAAUAUUUCUUCGAAAAUGCAUUGAUUAUAUUAAGUUUGAGAAUUGAUAAGAAAAACAUAAUAUUUAUAAUAGUUAAAAGUGCUAUAUUGAUAUGGAAUACCCUUUCAACCAAAAUAAGUAAAGGAAAUUCCUAAGCCAGGGAUUCCUCCAGCAUGAAAGUACUAGAACCAUCCACAAGAAACUACAGGUGUGCUUCCAGUUACCAAAAUAACCUUGCCAAUGAACUGGGAUACCCUGCUGCCAAAAAUAAGGAACCAAGUGGUAUUUUGCAAUGAGAAAUUCCAUGAGUCAGAAAUAAACACUACCAAAAGUAGGCUACUCACAGCUCAUACACACAGCAAGGAAUGCAAGAUAUUUUUGGCAGAGUCUCCCAGCAGUUUGCCAGAAUCCUACGUCAUUCACCGCAGCUAUUUUCAUACUCUCUAGUACUUUCUAUAUAGUUUGGGAUAUCAGGUUAAAAAUAGUAUCAUUUGGGGAUGCCUCUUGUGAAUCACCAUAAACUAUGUACAUGAUUGAUAUGUUUCCUUGUUUGGAAUGAUUUCAAUUUGCACAGUCAUUAUCAAUAUCAGUUAUCAAUAUAUCUUGUUAUAUUUAGAUGUUGUGGAACAAUAGCUGUGUAUGGAGAUAAAAAAAAUUGUUGAAAGAAGUGCUUGCAUACAUCAAAUUCUAGAAGACAUGGCACACGUGUGUGUGUAUGUUUCAGUGUGAAAAACCUAAAAUAAAUCAGUCUUUUCUGAUA